ACUGGCAAUAAGUCAGCUGUUGACCCGGCGGCCAUAGUGUACACAGACGCCCGGAGCCGCGGAGAUGAACAGUAUUCUGUCUGUGUUACGAGUGCCACACGUGUCUGGCAUCGUGGGCGGUGUUUAUGGCACCUGCAGGACACUGUUCAUGGGUCCGUUAGUGCCACAUGCCCUGGCCAGGACGCCCACGCCCGUGUUUAGUCUGGGGAGCGCCGCCCCAGCUGAUACCCUCUUGCUCCCCACCCAGGGUGGCUACGGUGGUGUGAUUGGACGAACUGUUAUAAGAGACCACUUUCCCCGGCCAAAUGAAAGAAAGCGCAUUUUGCGUCACGGCUGGAAACAGCGCAUGUCUACUCCUUCAGGACGCAAAAUUCUGAUGAGGAGAAUAUUGAAGGGAAGGCAUGUUUAUAGCCAUUAGUGCAUACAACAGUAAUUUAGGUGGGGGGAACAAAAAAGAAAAGUUUGUAUUAAAUGGAAGUCCAGCAUAUAAGUGUUAUAUCAAACAUAAAUCAAUCUUCUAUACAGCAGUUGGGUAGCAGUUGGUGAGGGUUGUAUCAUUAUUGUAUCAAAGAUGUACUGUAUUUCAAUGUAGCUGGCAUUAGUUUGAAAUUGUAGCUUGUCCAUUUUUGCCAUAUUGUAUAAGGUACAGGGAGAUCUUAACUUACAAUGUGGGACAUUCAUGAUUUUCCAUCAUGCAGGUACUUUGAUUAGUUUGAAAUAUGAAGGCAAUUUCCCAUUUGGCAUCUAAAGAAGUUGUAUUGGAAUUUUAUUUUAACAUAUAAAUAAUGUUGAACAAA